AUGCAAAAGCCGCGCGUACCAUCUUUCUCCCUCUCGACUCCGCCGUCUUCGCCUCCGCCGCGUUCGCCUCGCUCGACGCAUUCCUCGCCUCUCGCGCGACGGCCACUGGUCAUCCACGCCUUCCUUCCGACAGAUCCUCGUCUGGGGCCGCUGCCUCUCUGUCCUCUCACCCUAGAGCUGCUCCUCUACCGCCGGCUGCUCUGCGUCGCCGUCGAGUUCGUCUGGGAGACUCGCCUCCCUUUCUCCUCCUUUCUCUCCUUUCUGUCCACGCCUGCGGCGGCCGGAGGCGACAGCCUGCUGGCGGCCUCUCUCGCCUGCGUUUCGUCCUUUCUUCGAGACCCUGCGCCGGCGCUGGGUGCGCUGCUUCUCGGCGCAGAAGGACGAGAGACGCGCGUGGAACAGACUCACGCGCAGCCUCCGUGGGCUCUCGACAGUGAGAAAACCGGGAGGCUCCUCGUCGGGAGACACUUGCGAGAAGAAAUCUUCUCCAGAGCGUCCUCCCGCCUGCAGGAGGCCGAGUCUCCGUUCACUGUGCACAGGCGACGCCGGGGCGAGAGACGCAGCGAAGGCAGGGGAAGAAACGCGCGGAGAGAAAAGAUUGCGAGAGAACAUGAGAGACCCGAUUCAUGUCGAGCUGAAAAAACGAAUCGAGAGCCACAAAACGACGCGUCGUACGCUUGCCUCGUCGAAUCUGCCGUCGGCGACGCACUGGACUUCUACCUCUGGACAGACAAUGACGUCUUUUCGAAUUUCACUCUUCCUCUCCUCACUCACUCCCUAGGAGCCGUCGAUGGCAGACUUGUGGCCUACAUCACGCGGACCUCUCGGCUCUCUUCUCUCUCUCCGAGCUCUCUGUCCCCUCGCUCCUCUUCUCUCUCUCCUCCUGCCUCUAGCUCAUCUUCUACGCCUUCCUCCAACUCUGCUUCUCGCCUCGCUUCUUCUCUGUCGUCUCGCUGCGGGGAAGGCGGACAGGCCGAACGGAGUGCCUGGAAGCGAGACGGCGGGCGUGAGGAGAGCGAAGGAGACAAGCGGAGAGGAAAGAAAUGGGGAGAGGAGGGAGAGAACCACUCGAGGACGAAGCAGCGCAGAAGGGCAGACGAGGCUGCGGUGCUGAAGAACUUGCAGCAGGCGAUCUGUGCUCUCGCCUCCCUGCUUGAACAGCGCGGAAACGUCUUCUUCGGAGGAAAAGAAGGAAAACCGUGUCUCCUUGACAUUCGCGCCUUUGUCUUCUUCGCCGUACUCUUCUCGAUUCCCCUCCCCGAUCGGUGGCACAUCGAGGAGGUGCUUCUGGGAAGUCCGGGGAGCAGCGCCUUGGUCCAGUUUUGCCUGCGCAUGCACGGCGCGUUUCCAGUCUGGCCAGGAGAGCCGAUUUCCUUUCUGUUCGGAGUUCGGAGCAGCGUGGCGCGACGGACUCUCUCCCGAGAGAAAAUCUCUCUUUCUCCGCAACUGGACGCCCUCUGCAAGUGCCACAGAUGGCGACGAGGAGAGAGAGAAGAGAGCAAGCGAGAGCACAGAGGGGAGGAGAACGAGGAAGAGAACAGAGAAGAGAAGGGAGAAGGGGCAAGUGACCUGCCUCGCGGGGGCUCUGCCGUUCGGAAGUUCCUUGACUUCGCGAAUGAUUCCCUCUCUCUCUGUUCGAGAGAAGUCUCCACGUUUGGAGGCGUCGCGAUGGUUCUCUCUCUCACCCUUCUCACGCUCUAUGCCACCAAAAGAUAGAGAAGCAGACAUGCGAAAACGAGAGAGAAAAAGAGACAGGGAAAGCGACAAAGAGAGAAGGAACGAGGCAAGAAGCGACGAAACGCGCGAGAGCAAGAAACCAAGAAAGAGGGCCGCAUCUCCUCUCUGCAGGGUUCCUUUACAUUCC